AUGACGUCCCGCGUGGCUCGCCCACGUUUGUCCGCUCACGUCAUGAUCGUACUCCGAACGCAUCGCAGCCGGCGCGCUUCGAGGGGCGCCGGCCGCUUACUUGUGUUUCUCACCACCAUAUUCUUUCACUCUCCCAGAUCCAUAGACGAUGUCCUACAAGCUUCCUGAAUGCUGGGGUCACCGCGGGGCCUCGGCGCGGUUCCCAGAGAACACAAUGGCGAGCUUUGAGGCCGCGAUUCGCGAUGGAGUAGACGGGCUGGAGAGUGACGUCCAUGUCUCCAAGGACCAUGUUGUGCUCAUGUUCCACGACCCCACACUCGAUCGUACGACGAACCAGACGGGCGCGAUCAAGGAGCGUGAUUGGUACGGCGAGGGCGGCAUGGAACAUGCGCGCACGAAGAAGUCGCCGCAACAGGCCAUUCCCACGUUCGCUGAGACGCUCGAGCUGCUCAUGAAGCCCGAGAACCAGCAUGUCACAUUCAAUGUCGACAUCAAGCCCAACAACGACCCCGCUGUACUCUUCCCCCUCCUUCAUAAGCUCAUCGUCGCUCACGAAUCCUGGGAAACCCUCCUCGCCCCUCGCCUCGUCCUCGGUCUAUGGCACCCGCGCUUUAUACCUUUUGCGCGCGAGAUACUGCCUGGUUGUCGACGUAGCUAUCUCGGCAUCAGCGUUUCCGACGCUCGCGCCUACUUCUGGGACAACGUCGACACUAUCAGCUUGCUCUUCGCGAGCAUUAUCUCCAACGGUGGGCGCACGUUCGUUGAGCAAAUGCACGCGGCAGGAAAGCGUGUUAUGGUGUGGACGGUCAACGAUCCGGAGAUGAUGCUUGAGGCAAUCUCUUGGGAGCCGGAUGUUAUCAUGACCGACAAGACGUACCUCUUGAUAGACUUGAAGAAGCAGCUUGCUGCCGACUACGACAAGGUCAUGUCUUCCCGCAAGCAGCUUCCCUUCUGGCGAUCAUCUCUCGCUUACUGGCCCCUCAUCGGCCUUGGCUCCUACCUCAUACGCCGCCUGCGCCUCGAGAAGCUCGCCGGACCCUUCGACGGCUCGCUUGAGACCCCGGUAUCAGCAGAACUCAUACCCGGCAAGUCGGAGAAGCCACUAGAAGAAGUGCUCCCCGAGCGCGACGCGCUUGCGGGUAAUCCGCUGGCGAAUGAGACCAUUCCGUCGAAUGCGGUGCUGUCGGCGGCGAGCGGGUAGGGGAUUUGUACCAUAGAAUCAGGAUUUGCGUAUACUACUAGAUGAGGAUUUAUCCAUGACUGUGACUGACACACGAUAUGUUUAUUUGUACAGUGCUCGUGGGACCUUCAUGCUGGUGCACAAGUGAUACGUGGACUGAACACCCGUCACUGAUACUGCAGGGCCAUCGCAUCGUCUACCAAUCGCACUUCCCCAAGCCG